CCUUUCAGAUGAUGCCAGACCAUAAGUCUUUCUACCUUCUCCAGGGCUGGGACCUGACGGACAAUGAAGGCUUAAUUGGUGCCCUACUAUGUACGCUGGUACUCACAUUAUUCCACGAGACGAUGCGCGCCUUCAUCAGCCUCACCGAGAAGUUCAAUAUUGACAGGUACAUGUUGGAAGGAGGCAGCUACACGGUGACUUUUCGACACUGUCUGCUGGCCUUUCUACACGUGUUCCGUGUCUACGUCUGCUGUUUACUAGUGAUGUCACUGAUGACGUAUAAUGUGUGGAUCUUCCUGACAAUCGGUUUAGGGUCUGGAGUGGGAUAUCUUCUGAUUCGUCCAUUGGUAUUGCAUCUUCUAAAUAAACGGAGGAAGCAACCUAUAAGGACAUGUCAGAAACCCACAUUUGCCAAAUCACAACCACUUUGCAGUACUCCUAACAAGAAUAUUGAAACAUCGAUGCUGGCCGCUUCCGCCUUGACGUUGUCCUAUGACUUCAUGACGGCACUGCGUGAAAGACGGAGCUCCAAAAGCGUGCUAAGUGGGACUUUAGGAUCCGCCGACCUGGCUUUACAGUGGGACUACACGAGCAACAUGGUAGAAGACCUGGAGCCUAACAACUGGAUCCGCCAACCAAACUGGGACGGAUCUGUGGAAAUGUUGGAUGCUGGGUAUGUGGGCGGGGACUCCCCAGAACAUUCCGUUUCUUUUGCAAUGUAUGUGUCUGUCGUGUGAAGACCUGUGAAAAGCAGUGAUAGACGAGCAGUGGCCGAUUCAGACUCAGCAAAAGUAGAAAACCUGAGAACAGAUUCAAACCUGACGAGAUUGUGCUGGAAUUUGUCGUUUUAGUAGUGUGGUGUCAUUUUAAAUUUUGAAUUUACUUGUAAGGAGUAAACGCAAAAUGUAAACAAAUUACUCCUAUCCAAUUUUAGAGCUCGCUAAGUCGUCUGAGAUAUGGC